AAUUAACUGUACUACAGACGCUGAAAAUUUGGAUCUCACCACAGUUUGUUACUCUUUUCAUUCCACACUGAACCGGCUACGUGAAAAGUUGUGCAUUUGCCUAAUAAUGAGUUAAAUUUAAUUUUUAAUUUAAACGAAUUGUAUAAAUAAUAAAACAGAUACUAAACAUGUAUCAUCCGUCCGUCACCGUGAUUCUGGGUGCAAUAUUUAUGAUUUAUGUGUCCUAUUCCGUGUACACGUUAUCGCAAUUAUUCACAACGCUAAAAUGUACAUCACAACCCUGCUAUACAACGAUUCUAGCCAAACUACCGAAAUUACAAUUGAAUUUAUUCGUGUCGCCGUUAUCAAAUCCACUGACAAAAGAUGUUACCAAAAUUGGGGCCAUUGACAAUUUUGACUACUAUAAGGAGUUGAAGCGGGAGUUCACAGUGGACAUUCCAAGGAAAACGUAUCGAAACGGUACAAUGUAUUUGCAUUUAGUCUUGGUGAAUGACAUCGGUGUUGAGUUCGAGUGGAGAAAUCUGAAAAGAGAGGGAAUGACUGUUGUGCAACGCAUACCGCUUACUGAUUAUAUGAUUCCAAGACCAGCCACAUUCAACCUACUUAAUGACAAUGAGAAGGAGCCAUCAAGCGCAUCUGUUGAUAAGAAACCUGUGUCGCAUUGGAAGCCAAAAAUCUAUGUUACGAUGCUAACCGAUCACUUCGAUGUAUCAAGCGACACUAUUCCACCGGAAAUGGGUUAUAUGAUGAGAAUCACCAAAGAGAGAGACAUUCUUCCCAUUCUUCAAAAUGAUUUCCUCAAAACCCGACUGAACGAUUUAAUUGAGAUGAAUUCGAAUACAACGAAACUACCGCUUACCUUCACCUAUUCACCUAUCAGCGUCGGCAAACUUCGAUUGAUCUUACAUGUGGAACAUGCACUCAGAGCGCUCAAGCAAUUCGGUUUCACAAACAAAGACGUGGAUGAAGUUAAAGGCAUUUUCUCUGAAGCCAAUUUGUACCUACUUUGUGGCACCAUGUUCAUUGGCAGCGUCCAUCUUCUGUUCGAUUUCCUAUCCUUCAAAAAUGACAUCUCAUUUUGGCGGAAGAAGAAGACCUAUGUAGGCUUAUCGUUAAGAACCACUUUAUGGAGAACAUUCAGUCAAAUUGUCAUCUUUUUGUAUCUUUUGGAUGAGCACACUUCGCUUUUGGUAUUGAUUCCAGCUGGAAUUGCCACGAUUAUUGAAUUAUGGAAAUCGAAGAAAAUCCUAAAACUUGAACUAUCUUGGAGUGGAAUUCGAGUAAAAUCAUCCGCUGAAAACAAAUCAAUUCAAAAGGCUGAAGCACUUACCAAGGAAAUCGACCGAGAGGGAAUGCGUUAUUUGAGCUAUCUUCUGUAUCCAUUGUGCGUCGCAGGGGCAGUGUAUUCAUUAAUUUAUCAACCACACAAAAGCUGGUAUUCUUGGACGCUGAACUCUCUCGUCAAUGGCGUGUAUGCGUUUGGUUUCUUAUUUAUGUUGCCGCAAUUAUUUGUAAAUUACAAGUUGAAAUCUGUCGCGGCGCUUCCAUGGCGUGCCUUUAUGUACAAGGCAUUUAAUACAUUUAUCGAUGACAUUUUCGCAUUUAUCAUUACCAUGCCCACUGCCCAUCGAAUCGCAUGCUUCCGCGAUGACAUUGUGUUCCUCAUUUAUUUGUAUCAACGAUGGUUGUAUCCAGUGGACAAAAAUCGUAUGGAUGAUGGGACUGGAGAAUUUACUGAAAACGACUCCACCGAAAGUCUCGAUCAAGCAAAUUCGAAGAAAAAAAAAUAGAAUCGCACAAUGAAUUUACUUUUUUUUAAAAUUAUGACUAAAUAAAUUUUAAACCUGAUGGAUUAAUGAUAAAUCCAAUUUUAUCAAGUAAAA